UGGAGCGAGCGUGACUUGAGCUUUGAGGAAGAGAAGAGAAGAGAAGAGAGGGAGAGAAUGGCUGCUGACUAAUUAAUCCUCUUUGCAGCCGCCGCCCUGCUCCCUGACAGUUGCGGACUUCCUUUCAAAACAGGUGGUCAUCUACAAUCCCGCCGGAUCCACGUUUGUCCCUCGUUCUACCUCUGGAACGGCAUGAAGACCAUUUCCCCCUUUGGUUCCUGAAGGAUGUCUGAAUUUUGGACGGAGCGGACACGAGCGAAUGUGGGGAAAACAUGAAUCGUGACGGACGGGCAGCCUCUGCCGCGGCUAAACCUGAGCAUGAGCGCCAAAGGCAUCACACCACAGGUCAGUGCUUGGCGGACGUGACUCGCGUUGACCCAUUCGACGCUCUCGUGUCUCCGACAGGAGGGUUAAGCUCUGCAAAGCGGACCAACCCAAAUCAGAAGAGCGUCGAACUCUUCCAGUAGAUAUAGCAAAAGUACGUAGCAGCGUUCUGCUUGAUCCCCAUUUCAGUUCCGAGCGUACUAUUCCGAGAAGGCGCGCUAAUAGGAUUGGCCACGUUGGAAGUGAGUCACGUGUGACAAGAGUGGACAGCCAGAGCCACCUGGAGGACUUUAACUCAGGGGGCAUUAGCCAGCUCAUGUCUAAAUGUGGCCACUGGUUCACAAGCUUCCGGCGCUACGGCUGCCCAAUCUGCACACAAUCCCUCCCUCUUUGCGGUGCUCUUCCUUAGAUCUGAGGUGAGCGACUGAAGCCGGCCGGCCGGCCGGCCGGGAAGCCCGCCAUGGUGACCUUUGCAGAGACGACACAGGUCUCCUCCACGGAGCUGCGCGAGCCGCCCCGCCCCGGCGCCACCCUGUCCCCGGGGCUGAGGCGGAAAAAGAUGCUGUGGCAGAACGCCGUCAAGCACAUCAUCAUCCAGCAGGAGCUCAGCGCUCAGGUGGGCGUGGAGCCAGCUCGCAAGAUCUUUGUGACCGACGCCCACAUGGAAGAAAUCAACCGGCAGAUCCGCAGCAAGGCCUCGCGCGGAGUCAAGCGGCGCUCCUCCACCUUUCGGGUGCACCCCUCCCACAUGCGCGGCUCCCUCAGCCACAGCGUGGGAGGGCCCGGCGCCAACGAAUACGCCAGCGACGCCGACUUCUUUGUGCACUGGGGCCGCAUUAUUCACGGCAUUUACAUCCCCACCCUGAGGCACACCUUCAAGUCCAAAGACCUGGAAAAACUCUACCAGCAGCACUCGUCCCACCAAAGACGCAACUCCCUGGCCAUCACCAAUGUGAUCGAUGCCGUGGCCAAGCUGCAGAUCCUGGUUCUGUACCUGGCCUUGGCGCGCGAGGAGGAGGAGGAGGCGGCGGCGCUAGCGGCGGCGGCAGCGGCGGCCGAGCCCCUGCGAGGCUGCUUGACGUGCGCCUUCAUGGUGUUUGCCGUGGCGCUGUGCGUGGGGGUGCUCACCUAUAAGGACUCCAUGUCGCCCAGGUGGCUUCAUUACGCCGGGCUGGCCAGCUGGCUGUCGCAGACGGCUCAGGUUCUGGGAGGACUGGUCUACGGUCUGGAGAAAGACCCGUCGUGGUACCUUCUGUUCACGCUGUUUGCCACCUACACGCUGCUUCCCCUACCGCUGGCGUGGGCCAUGUGCGCCGGCUCGCUGACGUCGGCGCUGCAGCUGGCGGCCGAGAUCGUACGCUUCCGUCACGACGCCGUGCUCUUGACCAAGGUGCUGGCCCAAGGCCUCCUGUACCUGGGGAUGAACACGGCCGGAUUCUUCAUUCACUACCUGAGCGAUCAUUCGCAGCGCCAGGUGUUCCUGGAAACGCGGCGCUGCAUCGAAGGCCGCCUCCGGCUGGAGCAGGAGAACCAGCGACAGGAGCGUCUGGUCUUGUCCAUUUUGCCCCGCUUUGUCGCCUUGGAAAUGAUCGCCGACAUGAGCUCCAUGGAAGAUGAGCUCAUUCCUCAAGAGUUUCACAAGAUUUAUAUUCACCACUACAAAGAUGUCAGCAUCCUUUUUGCCGACAUCAAGGGCUUUACUCUGCUAUCCAUGAACUUGUCAGCUCAGGAUUUGGUUCGAACCCUCAACGAGCUCUUUGGACGCUUUGACCAUUUGGCCGAGGAGCACCAGUGCCUGCGAAUCAAGAUACUCGGGGACUGUUAUUAUUGCGUGUCCGGGGUCCCGGAACCCCAACGCGCCCACGCCCGGCACUGCGUGGAAAUGGGUCUGGCCAUGAUCAACACCAUACGGUCCGUCCGCAGGCAGCUCAACUUUAACAUGGACAUGAGGAUCGGCAUCCAUUCGGGCUCGGUCCUGUGCGGGGUGCUGGGUCUGCAGAAAUGGCAGUUUGACGUUUGGUCUUGGGACGUGGGCAUCGCCAACAUGCUGGAGGCGGGCGGCAUACCGGGGAGGAUCCAUAUCUCCAAGGCCACCCUGGACUCCCUGGAAGGCACCUACAAGACAGAGGACGGACACGGAGGUGACAGGAACGAGUUCCUGCGGCGACACAACAUCGCCACCUUCCUCAUUUGCCCUCAGGAGGACAUCCCCCGAGAUGAGCGCGCCGAGCCUCGCAAAGUCCGCAAAACCAGUCGCGGCCACCAAACUCCUUUCGGCAGCGCCGUCGACAUGAACAGCAUCUUGGCCUCGUUCACCAACGGGUCGCUGCCCAACAUAUGGCCGUCCACCUCCAAGGAAAUCAACCAACGCAUCAAACGCGCCAUCGAGGUCCGCAGCAGCGAGCGUAUGCACAAGGAACACAUCAGUCCUCUGUCGCUGCUAUUCAAGGACACGCACGUGGAGGACAAGUUUUCCCAGAUGAGAGACGAAAUGUUCAACUCCAACCUGCUCUGCUCCUUCAUCAUGCUGCUCUUUGUCAUGGCCGCCCAGGCCCUCAUCCCGGCACCCAGGCUGAUACCAGCCAUGGUGCAGUUUUCCCUGUUCCUGCUCACCUACACGCUGCUGCUGCUGCUGGCGCUGGCCGAGGAGUUCAAAUGGAGCCCGGCCGCGCUGCAGCAGUUCUGCUGCUGGAUCCACGAGAACAACGGCGCUCGCAACACGCUCACCCUCACUACCGUUGUCAUCAACUUUGGUUUGGCCUCCACGGACAUUUUGUGGUGCGUUCUGACAGACGCGGGAGGAGCUCACCAGAUGGAAAAGACCAACACGGCGUCAUCGGCUCUCACCGUGUGUUCCUACCCGGAGGUGUUUGUGCUGAGCGGCGUGAUCGCCAUGGUGACGUGCGCCGUGUUCCUUCGUCUCAACUCCCUGCUGAAGCUGGCCGUGCUGCUGCUGGCCGUGGCCAUCUAUUCCUACCUCAUCCAUCUGGCCUUCCUGUCUCUCGCGCGCCAAGACAUGCCGCAUGGGUCUUACUACGUGAGGAGAAAAGGCAUCGCCAUCCUCCUCUUGGUCAUGUUCAUCGUGGCCGUCUUUUACAACGGACGCCAGUGGGAGGCCACCGCCAGGCAGGACUUCCUGUGGCGUCUGCAGGCUCAGCAGGAAGUGGAGGACAUGCGGGAGCUGCGGGAGCACAAUGAGUGUCUGCUGCACAAUAUUCUGCCCAUGCACGUGGCCCGCCACUUCUUGGACCGCAGCAAGAACGAUGAGGAGCUCUACUCGCAGUCCUACGACGAGGUGGGGGUGAUGUUUGCGUCUAUCGCUGGAUUUAACGAAUACUUUGAGCAAAAGGAGAUCAGGCACGAAGGUGUGGAUUGCCUCCGACUCCUCAACGAGAUCAUAGCCGGCUUCGACGAGUUGCUGGAGGAGUCAUACUUUCAUUACGUGGAGAAGAUCAAGACCGUCGGCAGCUGCUAUAUGGCCGCUUCCGGUCUGGCGCCCGACAAGCAGGUGGGAGAGAGCCCUUUUUUUGCUUUCCACGUGAACUUUCCUAGCCACGUGACUCCUCAUCCGCCUCCCUCGCAGACGUCCAUGGACGAAUGGAAUCACUUGAGCGAACUGGUUCUAUUUGCUCUGGCGAUGCAGGAGACCUUGAAAGAGAUGAACAGGCACUCCGCCAAAGACUUCCAGCUCCGUGUCGGCAUCGCUCACGGGCCGGUGGUAGCGGGCGUGAUCGGUGCCAGCAAACCGCAGUACGACAUCUGGGGCUCCACGGUGAACUUGGCCAGCCGCAUGGACAGCACAGGGGUGAGCGGACGCAUCCAGGUGCCCGAGGCCACCCGCAGGAUCCUGGCAGAGUGGGGCUUUGUCUUGGAGCUGCGCGGGGAGAUCUUUGUCAAGGGGGUGAGCGAGUGUCGGGGCAAAGUGCGUACCUACUUCAUCAGCACCAUACGCAGCAAGAGAGCCGUUUCGGCGCCGGACGGACGCCCGGGGGCCAGGAUGGAGGGACGCAUGACGCUGGCGGGCAUCGUGUUCAGUCUGGUCCAAGGCAGACACAAGGAGAGGCUGAGGGAGACCAACGGGGGGGGAUUCACUCUGUCAACCUGCAACCUCAAGCGCUGAUGGCAGAACCCAUUCAAAGUGACCCAGACUCAAGUUCUGCCAUACCUCUGCAGUAGCCUACAUACCCUACUUUAACGUAUCAUUUUCAAUUACUUUGUAUCGUGACAAUGAGGACGUUGUCAAGGCCAAUUGUCGUCUUCAUCGGGGUCUGAAACCUUCAAGCCAAACUAUUGUAUACCUCAAAUCACAACGACCUCAACAACCUCUCCAAGAUAUACAAUGAGCUGUAUAAUCUUUCAAUGCUUGAUCUCUAACUGUAGUCUUCUGUGUGGAAUACAAAUAAAACACUGGCUUUUAUUUUGGAAAGCAUAGCUCAGUGCAAAUAAACAAACAAAUCUAGAAAUGUUGACUUGCAUCUCAGAUUUGAAAACAUCGUAAACAAUGGUUGACCUGUGUUCUUCAAAUAAUCAUGCAGUGAUUUUUAUAUGUUUAUUUGGAAUGCUUUUCAAACUGAGACUGUAACCUACUGUUAAAAGUCGAAUAAAAAAAGUCGAAAGAA